CUCACCAUCAUCCCAUGGACUGACUUGUUUGUUGUCGAGCAAGAUGGAGUUCCUUCUGGGAAACCCUUACAGUACCCCGGUGGGGCACUGCAUCGAGAGAGCCACUGAUGGCUCCUUGCAAAAUGAAGACUGGACCCUCAACAUGGAAAUAUGCGACAUCAUCAAUGAAACAGAGGAUGGCCCAAAAGAUGCCAUUAGAGCAGUGAAGAAGAGGCUGAAUGGCAACAGGAACUAUAGAGAAGUGAUGUUGACUUUAACGGUGAUGGAGACGUGUGUGAAGAACUGCGGCCAUCGUUUUCAUGCUCUAGUCACCAGCAGGGACUUUGUGGAUGGCGUGCUUGUUAAAGUCAUCUCUCCUAAAAACAACCCACCGACAAUCGUUCAAGAUAAAGUACUCGCCCUGAUUCAGGCAUGGGCGGAUGCAUUCAGGAGCAGUCCAGACCUCACAGGGGUGGUUCAGGUCUACGAGGAGCUAAAAAGGAAAGGCAUCGAGUUCCCCAUGUCAGAGCUGGAGACUCUGUCGCCUAUACACACACCUCUGCGGUCUGCAACUGCUCCAGAGGGUGACUCCACCUUACAGAAGUACAGCGCCCCCCCUCAGCCCAUACCGCAAGCUGUCCCACCAGCCUACACUGAGCCUCAGGUCCCCAACAUUCUCCCCUCUGGAUCCAUCAAUCCUACAUCCGACCAGAUUUGCCAGCUGCGUAGCGAGUUGGACGUCGUUCGUGGAAACACGAAGGUGAUGUCAGAGAUGUUGACAGAGAUGGUCCCAGGACAGGAGGAUGCUUCAGACUAUGAGCUACUACAGGAGCUGAACAGGACUUGCAGAGCCAUGCAGCACAGAAUAAUGGAACUCAUCUCCUGUGUUUCCAACGAAUCUGUGACUGAGGAGCUGCUGCACGUCAACGACGACCUCAACAACAUUUUCUUACGCUACGAAAGGUAUGAGAGGUUUAGGUCUGGGAGGUCUUCUGCUCAGAGUGUCAACAACGGGGUCCUCAGUGAGGCCACGGAGGACAACCUGAUUGACCUCGGCCCAGGCUCCCCGGCGGUGGUCAGCAACAUACCCAGCGCCGCCCCCACCAGCCUGCCGGCCACCAUCACUGCCCCCGCAGUAAGACCCUCCUCGCCGGCCACCUUGGCCUCCCGCCUGGCUGGUCUCGAUAUGGGUGCAGACAGUGUGAGCAGUACCCUGAGCUCUCUGACCAGCUGUAAGCCUCCUGCUGCCCAGGACGACUUUGAUGUGUUCGCUCAAACCAGGACUGGAGUCAUGUCGGAACCACGCAAGAUUACCACAGCAGAUGACAGCCCCGCCCUUGGCAGCCUUCCUCCCACUCUGGACGUCCUACAACCGACUGCAGGAGGGGGUGUCGGCGGCCAGUCCUCUGUCAUGGAUGACAUAGAGGAGUGGCUGUGUACAGACGUGAUAGGAGAUGACGGUGAGGAAGGCGAGGAAGGCGUGACAAGUGAGGAGUUCGACAAGUUCCUCGAGGAAAGAGCCAAAGCUGCAGAGGUGGCGCCCAGCCUGCCGUCGCCCCCCAGUGGUGAGCCGGGCGCCGGGCAGGGAACCCCCAGCCGCAAGAAGGCCGACCGGCCAGAGGACGCUUUGUUUGCCAUGUAGACCUUCGACCUCUGACCCCUCGACUGCCCCCCCCGACCAGCUGAGCAGCAUCACCCGAGGACAGACCGACCUGACGUUAAAACACAUCCACCUGAUACACACUACAGUUACACUACACAGAUCCGUGCUGUCCUUGUAAAAAAAAAAAAAAAAGAGGAAUUAUUUUUGCUCUCAGCUAAUUUUGGAUCUCCCCC